AUGAGUCUCGUAGCGGCGUUUGUGCUCGUAUUUUUGUUUGUCCUCUCCCUGCUGCAGGUAGCGUAUCGCCGCCGAGCGCGACUACCUUACCCUCCGGGACCCCCUGCGGAUCCCCUCAUUGGACACAUAAGAAUCAUGCCGGACAACAGCAUCUCUCCGGAGGUUUUCCACAACUGGGCAAAACAGCAUGGCGAUGUCAUGUCGCUGAACAUUCUCGGGAAGCGUCUAGUAAUACUCAGCAGCGAGGAGGCGGCCACAGACUUGCUCGACAAGCGCAGCGCGAACUAUGCUGACCGCCCGAGCUUUCCCCUGUAUGAAAAAAUUGGUUGGAAGGACGCACUCGGAUUCUUGCCAUACGGUCCAUAUUUCAGAAAAAUGCGUAGGAUGCUUCAAGCACCGCUUGAAAAGGAAACGGUAUCAGCAUUUAGGCCUAUCGAAGAGCAAGAAACAUGUGUUAUGCUUUAUAAUUUCCUCCAUGAUCCUGCCGGGAUGGACCAUCAUGUUCACCGCUAUGCGACUGCAAUUAGCAUGGAGAUCGCCUACGGCCAUCGCGUACUUUCAAGCGAUGACGAGUACCUCAAGAUCGCCAAGAGGAUUUUCGACGCCUUGCAUGACGCCAGCCGGCCCUCGCUGUUGGACGUAUCUCCAAUAUUUGAGAACCUGCCUGCCUGGUUCCCAGGUGCUUGGUUUGUGAAGUUCAUACAGGAGACGAAGCCCGUGAUCUUGCAUGACAUCCUACACCCAGUAUCUAUGGUGCAGGAGCAGCUGGCCGCUGGCACCGCUAAGUUGUCGUUCGUGUCGCAGUAUUUAGAAGAUCUUCAGCGGGAAGGCCGACUUACAUCGGAGAGCCAAUACGACGUGAGCAUGGCGGCAAGUCAGAUUAUUGCAGGCGGGUCCGAGACAAGCUGGCACACAAUAACAACGUUUAUCGCAUGCAUGCUUACAAACCCCGACGUCCAACGCAAAGCCCAGGCAGAGAUCGAUAGAGUGGUCGGAAACGGCCGUCUUCCUGACUUUACCGACCGAGACUUACUUCCAUAUAUUGAAUGCGUUGUGAAGGAGACUAUGAGGUGGCAGCCGGUGGCCCCGCUCGGCUUACCCCAUAGCGCAACAGAGGAUGACGUAUAUCGCGGUAUGUGCAUACCAAAGGGCGCCUUUGUUAUAGCCAACGCCAGGAGCAUUACCUGGGACGAGCGCAAGUUCCAUGAGCCUCGCUCUUUCAAGCCAGAACGGUUCAUGCCCAAGCCUGAAGGUGCAGGAGAGGUAUUGCCUCAAGGUGGUGCCUUUGGUUGGGGCCGUCGCGUCUGCCCCGGUCGCUACCUGGCGGACAACAUGAUAUGGAUUGGCAUUGUCCGCAUUCUAGCCGUGUUCGACAUUGGGAAGGCCAAGGACGCAGAUGGAAGUAUAAUCGAGCCGCGGAUCGAGUUUAUCACGUCUCUCUCAAGCCAUCCUAAACCCUUCCCUUGCGAUUUGCGGCCACGCUCGGAAAAGGCUGCCGAGCUCAUCAGGCAGGCCUACGACCUGCACAUGGCUGGCGCUACAACUUAGCGAUUUUCCAGAGAGGGCGAGGCCUCGAAGGUCUGGGCGAAGCAAAUCGAGCACUGAUCUUACGAGAGAAAAUCUGCAUACGGGGGACAGCCAGACGCUUACCCUAAGUGCAUAAGCUGAAUAUACCGUUAUGUUGCAAAUUUGUUCUGGCUUCUUCAAGUCGUGGGCGAUAACGUA